AUUUGCUAUAUUUAGCAAUGGCCGACGGAAUGUGUAUUGUAAUGUAGACAUUUUAUUAUUUUCAUCGUUUGCUGCAUAAUGAGAUAUCCGAGGCCAAUUUUCUGGAAGCAAAUCCCUGUUUUUGGCACCUGAGGAUGAAUGGUGAUACUGACAUAUAAAGAAAAAGAUGUAAGAAUAGGAAGUACAGUAAAUCAACAUGAGGACAAUUAAAGAUCCCAAGAAGAAGCCGGAGUUGCGACGCCGGACUGAUCUUGUUGAAGAAGAGGAUGAUGCUGAUGAUCGUUCAACAAAAAGUACACCACCGAAAAAACGUAAAACUGCUAAAGCUUCAAAAGAUGAAAGUUCUAGUUUAAACGAUUCAGGUAGUUUUGUUGAUAACCAGAGCGACAUUUUGUCUGAGCGAAGCAGUGUUAUAGGUGAUGAUGAUGCAUCAGAUAUCUCUUCUUUGAAGAGUACUCCACCAAAAAAGCGUAGUUAUAAUAGAGUUUUGAAUAAAAGUCCAGAAGUAAAUGGUGAAACUGUAAUGGACAAUGAAGAUCUCCCUGAAAAGAAAUCAAAGCCUAAAAAGAAAGUGAAGAAUUCUGAACUGCCAUCUACAGAAGAUACAGAAACAAAAGAAACUCCAGAGAAAAAAUUACCAAAAGCAAAGAAAAAGGUGUCCAAACAACUGAAUAAAGCAGAAACAAAUGACCUUGGUGGUGAUGAAACUGAUAAAAAAUCAGACACUAAAAAGAAAAACCAGUUGAGGAAAAAUGCAGCCAAACCAAAAACUGAUACUGAAGAUGGAACUGUAGUUAAGAAAAAGCCUGGUAGGAAAAGAAAGCUGUCAGGUAUUCAAAAUGAGAGCAAUAAUGAAAAGGAAGGAGAAUCAAAAGAAACUGUUACAAAACUUAAGAAAGGGAAAAAGACAAAGAAACAGCUACUGAAAGAAGAAGCUCAAUCAGAGUUAAAAAGACAGACUGAAGAAUUAAGGAAAACCCAUGCAGAAAAGUCUAAUUUAAUUGGAAAAUCAGAUGUUGCAGAGACAAAUGAAGCGAAGGGUGUCAAAAAUAAAACAAAGAAAAAGAUUCCAUCUCCAGGGAAGGAGAAGACUGCUGAAAAAGAUGAAGGUGAUAAAGUUGUGAAUGAUCUGAAAGAAACGGAUGAUAUUCCUACAAAUACAAAUCUGGUAGGACCAGAUCAUUCAGAUUCUGAAGAUGCUGCUAAUGAUUCUGAUGAAAGUUCAGAUCUUGAUACAAGUUUUGAUAGCAUUAAUAGUGAUCGUAAAGAUAACAUUAGUCAUGAAGCUGAAAAUGAUUUAGAAAAGGGACACAGUGAGGAAAUUCAUGCUGGAAACAAAUCUGAGCCAGCUAUAAAAUGUGAUGAGUGUGGUUACAUUUCUCGAAGCAAAGGUGGACAUACAAGGCACUUAAGAAAGUGUCAGCCAGAGAAGUUAGGUUUAGAACCAGAAUUAAUCUCAAAACCAAAAUUUCAUCAGUGUGAGGAAUGUGAAUACUCUGCUCCAAAACGGGUGCUUGUAAUAAACCAUAUGAGAACUCACGGAAUCUAUCAGUGUAAACGGUGUAAAUAUCGUGCAGACAGUGAUGAGAUUUUAGAGGAUCAUUGUGCACAAGAACACAAAGACAGAAGUGAUUGCAAAUUUUGCAAAAAUUGUAAUCGUUAUGUUAAAUGUAGUGAAAUUCCUCUCGAAAAACAUAUGGAGGAGUGUCAAGGAAGAAUUCCUUUCAAAUGUCCAGAGUGUUCGAAAGAAUUUCAGUAUGAGUCUUCCUUAAAAUGUCAUGUUGUUUCUCAUUACCCUGACCAACCAAAACUGUUUAGUUGCGACCAGUGUGAUUAUAAAUCAAACUAUAAAGCAAAUUUGAAAAAGCACAUACGACAUAUACAUGAGCAGAGAGGGGAACGGAAUGUAAAAUGUACUGAAUGUGACAAAUUAUUUUAUACGGAAGACAAUAUGAAACGUCAUUUAAAAUUGCAUUCAGAAGAGCGACCUUAUAAAUGUGAAAAGGACGAUUGUAACAAAGCAUUUAAAACCCCAAAUGGUCUCAAAUUUCAUUUAAUAUCACAUCAGACUGACCGCCCAUUUCCAUGUGACAUUGAAGGAUGUGAGAAAAGCUUCAAAUCUACACGGGCGCUAGCCCUACAUUUAAACGAAACCCAUCAAAAGGCACCAAAGAAUUUCAAGUGUGAAGAAGAGGGCUGUGAAAUGGCGUUUUACAAGAAGUGUCAUCUGGAUAGACAUACUGAUGCACACAAAGACAACAGAACUCAUUUUUGCACGUAUAUAACGUGCACAAAGGCAUUCAGGACAGCCGACUCAUUAAAAGUUCAUUCUCUUGUGCACUCUGACGAGAAACCACUGAAAUGCGAACACUGUGAAUACACGUGCAGACAGAAGAACUCAAUAAGGUUUCACAUGAAGAAAAAACAUCCUGAACUUUUACCUGAUGAUCUCGUAUCUCUCAAAUCAACUACCGGUACUGUUAGCGGCCAUACUGUAUCAAAAAUUGAAUCAGCAGCGAACAGUAUUAUUAAAGCUGACGGUGAUCAUGAGAAUUUGCCAGCGGCAAGUUCGGACACUUUAAAUAGUAUUUCUGAACAAUCUUUAUUGACAGAUAGUAUGAAAAAUACAACUGUUGAUGAUGCUACCAUAAAAUUGGAAACCCAUGCGAGAACAAUACAUGAUAGUGGUGAUUCAUUUGUAGCAAGAAUGACACCUGUAGGUGAGAAGUCGCAUUCAGAUAAUGAAAUUCCACCUGAAAGUAAAGUUAACUUAACAGAUGCUAAAAUGGUGCCAUCAGAGUUUGAAAUCAAUCACACUUCAGUUUCGACCAAUCAAAACCAUUGUGACAGUCAGACUGCAACAACAUGUACCAAUGAUCUGCAAGAAUUAAAGGAAACCCCGAGAAAAGUAAAGAAGACAGACAUGUAUGAGUUCCAGAGUGAAGAUGAAUCCAGUGAUGAAAUGAGGCCAGGGUUGCUUCGUAAGGACUAUGACAAGGAUAAACCACCCCUUCCCCCUGUUGAUGCCAAGCAUUUGCCUGAAAUCAGCAAAACUCCUAAAGAAGAAAAACCAGAACCUGAGGAGGCAGAAAAACCACAGAAAGUCCGUAAAAAGCCAGGACCAAAGCCAAAACCUAAACCUGAAAAACAAGAAACUGAAGAAGUUAAGGUACCUAAGAAACGGGGACGAAAGAAAAAGAGUGAACUGGAAAAACAGAAAAAAGAAAAUAAAGAUAAAGAUGAAAAUAUUGAGAAACCAAAGGAGAAAUCAGAGAAAACAAAACCAGGAAAGCGAGGUAGAGGGAGGUCACCAAAGGCGAAGAAGGAGGAGAAAAAUAAAAAUGAUGAUGAUGAUGAUGAUGACGAUGAUGAUGAUGAAGCUCCUCCUCCACCAAAACGAAAAGGUAGACCUCCGAAAAAGAAACCAACAGAAGAAAAGCAAGAAGUAAAGGUUCCAAAGAAACGAGGAAGGAAGAAAAAGGUUGUUAAAGAAGAAGAGGAGAAAAAGGAACAGGAACAAGAAAUAGUUCCUGAAAAUGGUGACGCUACCAUAAAUUACAGUGAAGUUGAAAGUAACGAAUUGUUUGGUGACAGCACUAAAGAUAGUAUGCCUGACACUAAUGAAAUGGUGCUUGAUAAUGAAAACUUACAGGGUGAAAUUAAAGCUGAUAGUGAUGGAAAUAAGAGUGAAAAUGAGGAGAGUAGUGCUUUUAUGAUAAAAAAUGUAGUUAAUGAAAGUAAAAGUGAAGAGAAAAAGAGUGACAGUGAAAGUAGUGAUAUUGGAUCAGACUUUGAUGAAGAUCUGAAACCACCACCAGCACCUAGACCACCACCUAUGUAUGAUAGUGAAGAUGGGGAUAUAGAAUCUGGACCAGAAAAUGAAGAUUUCAAUGGUUCAGCAAUGAGUAAUGAACCUUUGAGAGAUUUUGAAUCUUCUAGAGAAAUAUCUAGAGAGAUUUCUAGAGAUUUUGAAAGUUCACGAGAAAUUGAUGAUAGUGUUAAAACUAAUGAAUAUGUAAAUUCUGUAGAUACUUCUACUCCAAAAGACACUGUACCACAUAGUGUUGGUACACCUGGAUCAGUAAAUCCAUAUAAUAGAAAUGACUCUGUCAAUAAUGAGCAUGAGAAUCCACUUUCACAUCAUAGCAGUGUUCCUCAUACACCAUCUCAUAACAGUGUGCCACCUACCCCAUCAGCUAAUCAAGAAUUUCAGGAAUCUCGAAGCAUUGAACAUCAAACUGGUGACCGUAUUAUGAAAAACCCAGUUCAGGGACAAACAAAUGAAGAGAAUACUGAUGAAAGUUCAAUGCCAGAGGUAGAUAAAGAUUACGUAGGGCGAUUUUUUGAAGAGAUCCAAUGUAACCAGUCUGAAGGUCAGAUUAAUCGGUUGAGUAGUAUGGAUGAAAACCCCAAAUCUCAGGAUAAAAUUGUGGAAGCACCAAGAAGUGAUAGCGGUGUGCCAUCUUCAUUAACAUCAAAUCAGACAGAAGGUAGUAUGCAGAUGCAGUCGCCACCUGCUGAUUUAUCACACAAGAGAAUGGACCUGAUUUCUCCGGAGCGUGCUCCGGAGUUGUACCAGCCUCGAAGUGUCGAAAGUGUUCACAAUCGUUCAUCCGAAAGAAUUCCAAGUGUGCCAUCCUUUGAUCCGCAGUAUGCUGGUAAUCCUUUAGAUGCAUACAGUGCAUCUGUUCCGCCGAGAGAUACAAUAUUACGUCAGCCAGAACAAAGUAAGGCUCCAAGCCCACCAAUCACAAGUACCAGUUUUAUGAGAUUUCCUGACAGUGAGGCUAUGCUUCAGCGUCAAAGAAUGUCGUCUGCUUCAUACGAUCGUAAUCUUCAAAACCUUCAUCGUAUAGCUGAAGGGCCUCUCCCACAUAAUAAUAGUUCUUCUCCAUUACUUAGGCAUGUACCAGGCAGAGAGGAAAUGUUUUCAGGAGCUGCAGCUGGUGUCACGGGCUCUAUGUCAAGAAAUCCAUUUCAUAGCUCUUGGACAGGUCAGGAUGUUCGACCACCACACUGGGGUCAUCCGACAUAUUUACAGCAGCAAGCUGGAUCUGCAUCUUCAUCCCUGUUUGGAAAAGAUGCUUAUCUCCCAGGUAGAGACUUUAUGUUUGACCCAUCGCGAGCAGCUGCCGAAAGAAAUAUGUUUUCAACUUUGUCGUCUGCUCAUUCUCAGCGUCCAGAAAUUCCCCAUGACACUUUUCAGUUUGACCGUUUUGACCUUGGUAGUUACCUAAGUAGUCAUGGUUACAAUGCAGCACCAUCACUCCCGGUUGACUACACAAGAAGUGCUCACAGCUCGUCACAAAAAUCUCUAGAUGAACGUUAUCGACAACCAUCAACGGCUGUAACUGAUUUUAGAUCUCUACCUCCAACUUCAAGUGCUUCAGAGAUGUUUGGAAUGAACAGUUCAUUUAAUUUGGAAAAAUUUUAUUCUCGCGAUCCUAUGUAUCAUUCUCAACACAUCACAGACAACACAAAUAAUCCAUUUUUGCCUGGUGUACCGUCACAACAUUCAGUGUUUGGUCGAGAUUACCCGCAUCGUAGUUUCUAUACUCAAAAUACACCAUAUCCAUUUAUGAACAUGAACGAUAAAAACUAUACAUCUGCCUCGGCAAAACUUGCGCACUCUUCGGAUAGCGUGAAUCCUCAGCGUGAUCUAGUUCCGGUUCCGAGGCCCAAUAUGACAGCACCGGAUGCACAGUUGCAGGAUCCAUACAGACAUCAUAGUUCUAUGUUGUAUAAUAUGAUGAAUAAGUAUUUCUAGACGAUGUUGUACCUGUUAGAAUUGUAGUUAAAGAAGUUUCAGCUAAAUUGUCUAUGUUAAUUGUAAUUAUUGCUGCAAUAGGCUUGGAAAAAAAUCAUGUAAAUUGUCAUGGUCAUUUUACACAUUUUCAUUGCAUUUUUCACAUAUUCAUAGUCAUUUUACACAUUUUAGGCAUCAUUUUUCACAUUUUCAUCUACCGUCACAACUGAAGGAGGUUAAUUAUUUUCUUCUGUAACCAUUUAUGUACUGUAGAUUCUUCAUAGUUUUGUAAAAUCAGGUUUUUGUUUUCCAGUAUCAGUCUUAUUGUGGGACGUUCAUGUAACCUAGCAGAAGUUUAAACAUAAAUGUUUAGAGAAAUUUUCCAUUUGUUUCAUUUUAAAUAGAAAUUUUCAGUAUGCCACAGUUGACAGAAUGUAACAUAAGAAUAUAAAUAAAAUAGAAUGCCACAUUAAUCUUUGCAAUACAAUGUGAGAAUAUGCAUGUAGUGUAAAAUUACAUUGUGAAAAUAUGAACACAGUGUAAGAAUAUUGUACGAGAAUAUGAAUAUUGUGUAAGUGUAUAUUUAUUUUCUUACACUUCUAUGUAGUGAUUUUUGCUCCAUGCAGAAAUUAAAAUGAGCAUGUCUGAAGAUCCUGAGCAACAAAAAAAGAAAAGAAAAACUGUUCUUUAAGUCACACAGUUGUUAAGUUUUUACUUUAAAAAGCAAUACUGUUGGUUGAUAUUUUUUGUUAUUUGAUUAAGUUCUGGAAUAAAUGUUUCUGCUUUCUACAUGAUUUAUACAUAAUAAUCCAUAAUUUGCUGAUAUUUCAUUAAAGUAAUACUUAAUUUUUUUUGAUGACAUGGAAUAGUUCAGCUGAAAUACUGGGUAUAUUUGAAAAUCUGAGUGUGCGUUAAAAAAUAAUGCCAGCUAUACAUGCUAAACUAUACGUUUUUUGAUCGACACUAUAUUUGGUAAAUUUUACUGAUGAAGAUUCUGUUGAUGUAUUAAUAUGAAGUAAAAAUAUCCCUGUUUCACUUCAGUCAAUAUAGUAAUGAUUUUUUGUUGGCUAAAAGUUAAAAUAUGAUUUUGAAUUUUUACUAUGAAAGUUGUUGUUCAACAUUAAGAGAUAAUUCUGAAAAUAUCUUUUUUUAAGAUUUUAUUUUGCAAAAAGCAAUGUUCAUUAUAUUUUUUAUGCAGAUCAUUGUAAUUUUAAGCAUGUCACCUUACUUGAAAUCAUUUUGGAAAUUUUAUCAGCUCAUCUACUCAAGAACUUAACAUGUUCAGUUUUGGAAGUACUUGUAAUUACGAAUUUCAGGUUCUUUGAAUUAUAACAGUGGAUUACAUUAUAUGUUUUAAACAGUGGGAUUAUCAUGUAAUAAUUUUCACCAUUAACACACUUGAAAGCAAAGAAUAUAAAUAAUAGGUGAUAAGAUUUUUUUUUUGAAAAAUGCAUCAAUAAGAUUAAUGAAUUAUUCAUUAACGUGACGUCAUGAUUUUGCAUGUGACAUUGCCUAGUGUGCAUGACAUUGCUCGGGUAAAACUGGUAUAAUUAGAUUAAAAUCAUUGAAAAGACAUGAAAUAGGAGGGAAGUUUGUUUGCUUUAUGUAAAAUUGGUAUAUCUUCCACACAUUGACACUGUAUUUUUGUGCCAUUCGUAAACAUGUUGCAUCGAAUGUUUACUUUGGAAAAGAGAUUUCAUUCUCAUGCUGGGCAGAAUUUUCCUUUGUUUUACACCCAUGGCUCACAUGCUGUAAUUUAUGAAUGAAUGCGUAUAUUCAUAUGCUAUGAUUAUGAAAUUCUGCUUAAAAGAAAAGCUUUUUUUUUUCUUGUCAUCUUUAAGACUUUCAUCUAAGAUUUGAAGAAUAUUGUAUAGAAGAAGAAUCUACAACUGGUUGUAGAUGGAAAUGUCCACGUUCUGGACAGAUGUUUUGCAGUAAGUGGGCAGAGCCUCAUCUCCACCUAAACAGUUGCCCUUGAGCCAGAUAUUUCAGUCUGCACCUUAAACCUGUAAAAGGUUCUUACAGUCUUACACCAGAGCAGUCUAAUAUGCUCUGUGUAAGCUUCGACCAAAGAAACUGAACUGACAUUAAUGUCAUUUAUUUAUGAUGUACAUUAAACGUUUAAACUAAGGCUAUGAAAUGUCUUGAACAGAUUUUUUGUAAGGUGGCAUUUCAAAGUCUUUUUAGUUCUAAUUGAAAUUUUUACUUCUUUCUUUAACAAAGAAAAUCUUGUUCUUUCAAUAAUGAAAUUAUUGAAAAAGUCUUCUAUUUAUGUACAUAAAUUUUAUUUUUGCAUAUCAAAAAUGCCUGGCAUUGAAAACCCCAAAUUUUUAACCGAAAGUUUUAAUGGCAUGUAAAUUUUAUACAUUUUAGUGUUACAUGGUAAAUUAUGUAAUAUUUGUUGUGAAUUUUUAAUUAACACUUGUCGUUUAUUGACACUGCUUAUUGUUUUUUAGUGUGGACGAUUUUACCAAAGUUUACCACAAGGAUGCCAUAUGAUCAAAUUUUUAUGUAAAAUAUUAGUAUGUGUAUUAUAUGUUUUUUAUUUUGUAAAUUGUAAACUUUUUUGUAAAUAUUUUGUGCAUAGUAUACAGUCUUAGAACAAAACUUGUAUGCAUCUCACGGAUUUAGAUAAUCGUUUACAUGGUAUUUAUUAUUGACUACUGUAAGAUCAGAUUUUUUCGAAAGGCUAAAGGCUCUCUAUGUUUAAAAUUAGAACUUAUUGUGUAAUAUAAUAUUAAUUUUUACAGAAAAGUUUUAAGACAAAAUUGUAAAAGGCUGUUUAUAACAGUGUUUGCAACUUGCUUAUUGAAAAGAAAAAUGAGAAACAGAAAAAAAAGGAAAAUGGUUUGAAAGGAAAUAUGGUAUUUGGUAAUAUGUCAUUACUGGUAUACACCUGUAAUGGUCAAUGAUCACAUUUUAUCACAGUUUACAGAGUGUAAUUUCUACCACAAUACUGAUUUUUGGAAGUAAAAGUUGUUCAGACUAAGAUUUCAAAACACAGUUCGGGGAAAUGUUAAAAAAAUUUUUGUAAAGUAUUUAAAUUUUGUUUCAGAUGUUCUGUAUGAACACUAUUGAAAACAAGAAUAACACUGUCAUGAAUACAAACAGUUCAGAAAUAAAGUGAAAAUAAAACCUGCUCGAACAUUUCUGAUUUUACAGUAAUUAGAGCUUUAAGCAAAGCAAAUAAAUGUUUUGUUAGUUACAAACAAGCCUUACUGUUGUCUCAGAACUGUAGUAUCUUAUUUGAUAAUAAGUCACUGAACUCACACAUAAAUCUGCUUAAUUUUUCUUAGAAAACCACAUUUAUGGGGUGUCUUUUUCCAAGAAGUAUUGUGGUUUAUGGACUUUUUUUUUCUGAGAAACUUGUUUGUAGGGACUACUUCCGUGUUCAAAUAAUGGACAUUUGUAGAAUUUUUUUCUGAUAUCAGUGCUUAAGGUAGGUUGUAUGAUACUGAAUAUUAUUUUGGUUUCCCUUGAAGACUUUCUUUUGAAAAUCACUAUAUUUUGAUGUAAAUUUAGAGGCAGGCCCCUCUAAAAUAUUUUAAUAUUAAAUCCUGGGUUAAUUUUUCUAUCUAGUCCAAUAGUAAGAGCACAAAGCUUUCAAGUUGAUAUGUUUGAAUCCAUAGCUAGGAAUAUCUUUAAGGUUGAACCGCUUGUAUUGAAUGAAUGACAAUUUACUGUUCAGUAGAUGUCUGCUCUAAUACAAUUCACUAAAGACAAUGCCUUAAUGGCCCUUCAUUCUCCACCACUGAUACAUAUGAAGAAGUUGUAAGUCACAUACAGAGAACAAAAAAUUCUAGUGAGAAAUACAGGAGCAUUGGUUUAGUUUACUUCUGAAAUAUUGUUGAAAAGUGGUGCAUUAUCCAACAAACAAACGUACACUUCAAAAGUUCAGUUCUGUUUCAAGUAUAAUUUCAGUGUCCCAUACAUAGUUGCCCUUCAUCCACUUCUGCUCCGGACAAACAUUUUCACCCAAAAGAAACGGCAAAAUGAGGUACUUGUCCAGUAGUUAAAACAUUGCUUUAGUUUUAUCAGCCUUCAGUAUGACAAAGCGGCACAGAUUUUUAUAAAUUCUAAAUAUAUUUUCUGAACUUUACAGUGCUGUCAUCUAGCCUGCUUAAGUCUAGACUUUAACAGAUGGGCAGUAAAAAAUUAGCUCUGUUUUGCUGCUUUAAUCCUGACUCAAGUAUGUUAGAGAACUGGACUAACCACAGCCACCUGUUGUUUUGUUUCUUUAAAUGUAUUUUACUUGGCAUCAACGCUGUUUGAAUUCUACUACUUUUUUACGAUAAAAGGAAAGUUUUCAGUUUGGAAUCUGUGUACCUAUUUGGUAAGAAACCUUUUCAGAUAUAUUCAAUUUUACAAAUUGUCACUGUAAAGAACAAAACGCAUUAUUUUGAAAGAAAUAGAGCAUCUGAGUUGCUUAUGUACAGUAUCAACAUUUCUGUAUGGUGCCUUGACAUGAUACGAGUUACACUUCUUUUGUUUUUCUUGAUGGCAAAUAGACAUUUCAUAUCAAACUAAGGUAUUCAUAGUUUUUUUCUGUCAUAAAUAUUGUAUUUGUUGCAUUCAAACAUAAUACUUACAAAAAAUUUGUCUAGGUGAUAACAUUACAUUUUUUGCAAUAUUGCUAGAGUCCAAAUGUUAUAUUCUAUAGUGUUUGUCAAAGGACUGAUUAUCUUAAUUAAUGAUUUUAAUUCUUUUGCAAAAGCUUUUCAUUUACAUGCAUGAACACUUACAAUGAGAUUGUAAAUAUUCUCAGAUUCCUUGUGAGGAGAUGUUAUUCUGUUUUUAGUUCACCUGUCACAAAGUGACAAGGUGAGCUUUUGUGAUCGUGCAGCGUCCGUCGUGCAUCCGUCCGUGCGUGCGUGCGUGCGUAAACUUUUGCUUGUGACCACGCUAGGAGUCACAUUUUUCAUGGGAUCUUUAUGAAAGUAAGUCAGAAUGUUCACCUUGAUGAUAUCUAGGUCAAGUUUGAAACUGGGUCACGUGUGGUCAAAAACUAGGUCAGUAGGUCUAAAAAUAGAAAAACAUUGUGACCUCUCUAGAGGCCAUAUAUUUCACAAGAUCUUCAUAAAAAUUGCUCAGAAUGUUCAACUUGAUGAUAUCUAGGUCAAGUUCGAAACUGGGUCACGUGCCAUCAAAAACUAGGUCAGUAGGUCAAAUAAUAGAAAAACCUUGUGACCUCUCUAAAGGCCAUAUUUUUCAUGGGAUCUUUAUGAAAGUUGGUCAGAAUGUUCACCUUGAUGAUAUCUAGGUCAAGUUUAAAACAGGGUCACGUGCGGUCAAAAACUAGGACAGUAGGUCUGAAAAUAGAAAAACCUUGUGACCUCUCUAGAGGCCAUAUAUUUCACAAGAUCUUCAUGAAAAUUGGUCAGAAUGUUCAUCUUGAUGAUAUCUAGAUCAGAUUUGAAACUGGGUCACGUGCCUUAAAAAACUAGGUCAGUAGGUCAAAUAAUAGAAAAACCUUGUGACCUCUGUAAAGGCCAUAGUUUUCAUGGGAUCUGUAUGAAAGUUGGUCUGAAUAUUCAUCUUGAUGAUAUCUAGGUCAAGUUCGAAACUGGGUCACAUGCGGUCAAAAACUAGGUCAGUAGGUCUAAAAAUAGAAAAACCUUGUGACCUCUCUAGAGGCCAUACUUGCGAAUGGAUCUUCAUAUAAAUUGGUCAGAAUGUUCAUCUUGAUGAUAUCUAGGUCAAGUUCGAAAGUGGGUCACAUCUCUUCAAAAAGUAGGUCAGUAGGUCAAAUAAUGAAAAAACCUUGUGACCUCUCUAGAGGUCAUAUUUUUUAUGGGAUCUGUAUGAAAGUUGGUCUGAAUGUUUAUCUUGAUGAUAUAUAGGUCAGGUUAGAAACUGGGUCAACUGCGAUCAAAAACUAGGUCAAUAGGUCUUAAAAUCGAAAAACCUUGUGACCCCUGUAGAGGCCAUACCCUUGAAUGGAUCUUCAUGAAAAUUGGUCAGAAUGUUCACCUUGAUGAUAUCUAGGUCAGAUUGAAACUGGGUCACAUGCCAUCAAAAACUAGGUCAGUAGGUCAAAUAAUAAAAAAGCCUUGUGACCUCUCUAGAGGCCAUACUUUUCAUGGGAUCUGUAUGAAAGUUGGUCUGAAUGUUCAUCUUGAUGAUAUCUAGGUCAAGUUCGAAACUGGGUCAACUGCGGUCAAAAACUAGGUUAUUAGGUCUAAAAUUUGAAAAAUCUUUUGACCUCUCUAGAGGCCAUAUCUUUCAAUGGAUCUUCAUGAAAAUUGGUCAGAAAUUUUAUCUUGAUGAUAUCUAGGUCAAGCUCAAAACUGGGUCACAUGAGCUCAAAAACUAGGUCACUUUGUCAAAUAAUAGAAAAAACGACGUCAUACUCAAAACUGGGUCAUGCGGGAACAGGUGAGCGAUUCAGGACCAUCAUGGUUCUCUUGUUUAAGUCAAAGCUCACUUGAAGCAUUGGUUCUUUCCAUAAUUGGCCCUAGGGUGCUUUGAUUUGAGAAUACAUGUAAUGUGCUAUGUUAGCUGUUAAGACUGGUAUUUUAAAAACAUGAUCUGUUGCUUAUAUAUUUGACUGAAAAAUUAAGCAAACUGACCUUUCUAUGAAAAUCAGCUAUUCUAGGGAAAACUGUGAGUUUUCAACUAUGGCUCAGUAUUAAGUCGAAGAAAUGGCAAUGCAUGUCUUUCGUGCAUGAUUUCACUGUAUUUAAAGGAUAAAUUAUCACAGAAAAGCAGUUAAAGUACAUUUUGUAUAUAAAGGGCUGUCAUAGUAACCACGAUACUGAAGUAUUGACAAUAUGGUAAAGUUGAUAAUAUAUUUAUACAGUAUACAGGAAUAGUUGUACGAUUAGAAAAAGAAUAAUUAAAAAGAAAAGAUGGAAAGAAAAAUCCCUUGAAUAUUCAGAAGAGAAAAAAAUAUAUCUAUGAAACCUGA